AUGAGGAGAGCAAAACUAAGCGCUGGAGUUUUAUUAGNUCACGCUAAAAUGUUGAGCAAAACCACUGCAAAAUAUUCUCUCACGAGAGUUGAAGUUAAAUCGUUUACAAUCCAUAGAGGAGUGGUGGGGGAAUCAAUUGACAACGCCAUACUCGGGCAACUGCCGAAGCAAGUGAUAAUCGGUUAUGUCGAAAAUAAGGCGUUUAACGGCGAUAGUAAACUUAAUCCGUUUAAUUUUAAAAACUUUAAUAUAAAUUUCCUGUCGCUUUACGUCGGUGGAAUGCAAGUUCUUACUAGACCGUUACAACCUUCUUUUUCAAAAAACUCUCCCCUCUACAUCGAAGCUUUUUAUAUUCUUUUCUCAGAAACGGGUAAUCUUUUUCUAAACGAAGGCAAUGCUAUAAGCAGAGAUGCUUAUGCACACGGAUACACACUCUUCGCUUUUGAUCUCACAUCCGAUUUAUCGGCCAAUUGCGUCAAACAUUGGAAUCUCGUGAAGCACGGUAAUUUGCGAACUAAAGCAGGUUCGAAAAAGCUUUCGAAACGACUAUUAACUGUCUUGUUUAUGCAAAAUUUGACAGUGUUUUGGAAAUUGAUUCUUCGCGCCAAAUCAUUGUUGAUUUGA